CCGCAGCCGCGUGCACCCGCUGUGGCCGCCAGAAGUCGCAGGGUGUGGAGGUUUCUCUUUUGGCAAGUUCCCGUCCAGUUGGACUCGUAUCGGUAGUUAUCGCGAGAGAGAAGGCGCAAAGCCUGCCGGGAGGGAUGCGCGGCGGUCGGUAGGUUUGCCCAAGAUGGCAGCCCUGGAGGAGGAAUUCACGUUGUCUGCGGUACCCUUGGGUGCCGGGCCUGACGGCCUCCUGGGCGUGGAGCAGAGCGACAAAACAGACCAGUUUUUAGUAACGGACAGCGGCCGAACCGUCAUCCUCUAUAAGGUUUCUGAUCAGAAACCCUUGGGGAGCUGGUCAGUGAAACAAGGUCAAAUUAUAACAUGUCCAGCUGUGUGCAACUUUCAAACCGGAGAGUAUAUCGUUGUACAUGAUCAUAAGGUUUUGAGAUUGUGGAAUAAUGAAGAUGUAAACCUGGAUAAAGUAUUUAAAGCUACAUUGUCAGCUGAGGUAUAUAGGAUACAUUCAAUACAAGGGACAGAACCCUUGGUGUUAUUCAAGGAAGGUGCCGUUUGUGGUUUAGAGGCCUUACUUGCAGAGCCCCAGCAGAAAAUUGAAACUGUUAUCUCCGAUGAAGAAGUGAUCAAGUGGACAAAGUUUUUCAUGGUAUUUAGACAUCCUGUUUUAAUCUUCAUUACUGAAAAACAUGGAAAUUACUUUGCUUAUGUACAAAUGUUUAACUCACGUAUCUUAAGCAAAUACACACUGUUACUUGGACAAGAAGAAAAAUCGGUUAUACAGAGUUUUACUGCGUCUGUCGAUCGGAAAUUCAUCUCUUUGAUGUCAUUGAGCUCUGAUGGAUGUAUAUAUGAAACCUUGAUACCAAUACAUCCGAGUGACCCAGGAAAAAGUCAGAAGGUAGUUAGAUCACUAGUGCUCAAGACUGUCGUGUCUGGAAACGCUCGAAAUGGUGUUGCGCUCACCAUCCUGGAUCAAGAUCACAUAGCAGUCCUGGGACCACCGCUACCAGCUUCUAAGGAAUGCCUCUCCAUAUGGAACACAAAAUUUCAAACACUACAGAUAUCAAAAGAAUUACCACAAGGGACCAGUGGUCAACUCUGGUAUUAUGGGGAAAAUUUGUUUAUGCUACAUGGAAAAUUUCUAACUGUGAUUCCAUACAAGUGUGAAGUAUCAUCAUUAGCAGGUGCUCUUGGAAAACUCAAGCAUAGUCAAGAUCCAGGCACUCAUUCUAUGUCUCAUUUUGUAAACUGGGAAACCUCUCAGGGACAUGGAUUUGAAUCCCAGAACUCAGAGCCAUCAAAGAGAAUUUUAAGGAGAAGAAAAAGUGAAACAAGUGUAGAGCCAGAGGUUCCAGCAUCCAAACAACUUUUAUCAACCAUAAAGAAAGAUUCAGAAAAACACAUUGAAGUAGAACUACGUAAAUUUUUGGCUAUUAAGCGGACACCUGACUUUCAUACUGUUAUUGGAGACAUAGUAAUGGGACUUCUGGGAAGAUGGAAAACAGAACCAUCAUUUUAUCCCCGGAACUCUCUGAUGCAGCUUAUCCAAACGCAUGUGCUUUCUUACAGCUUGUGCCCUGGCUUAAUGGAGGUUGCCUUAGAAAAGACAGAUGUACAGAUGUUACAGCUCUGUCUGCAGCAGUUCCCUGACAUUCCUGAAGCAGUCACCUGUGCUUGCUUAAAAAUUUUCUUGAGCAUUGGUGACGACAUUCUUCAAAAAGCAGAUGUCAAUAUGGAGUCAGUUUCUGCCUACAGUGAUGCUGUACAAGAUGAACACAUGGAAGAGCAAAGUGAAAUUCUUCAAAAUGGCUUCAAUCCUGAAGAAGACAACUGUGAUACCUGUGAUAAAGAGUUAAGUGAAAAGUCUCAGGACACACUAGAGACCACUUUGUGCCCCGUAAUACCAAAAAAGGCAGCUCUACUAAAUGCAAUUCUUCGUUCCGCAUAUAGUGAAACAUUUCUUCUGCCUCACUUGAAAGACAUCCCAGCACAACAUAUCACUCUGUUUCUCCAGUAUUUGUAUUUCCUGUAUUUGAAGUGUAGCGAAAAUGCUACUAUGACUCUUCCUGGAAUACACCCUCCAACCCUGAACCAGAUUAUGGAUUGGAUAUGCCUACUUCUAGAUGCUAAUUUCACUGUUGUGGUAAUGAUACCAGAAGCAAAACGGCUACUGUUAAGUCUUUACAAGUUUGUGAAAUCUCAGAUAUGCAUUUGUUCGGAGCUCAACAAGAUCGAAGUAAGUUUUCGUGAGCUACAGAAAUUAAGUCAAGAAAAGAAUAAUAGAGAAUUGUAUUCAAUUGAAGUGCUGGAACUCUUCUGAUAUUACCAAUUCUCCUUCAUAGACAUUUUAUGAAGCUCUUUUUAUGUGAAUUCUUCUUACUCAUCCAGGCAAGAGAUGUGUUUUGUUUGUGACUGUCUCUCAGUGACAAGAGGAAUGUGUCAGAGUACCUGGACCAUCACUUACUGAUGCUCCUAGGUCAGACUGCAGGUUUCGUGUGAACCUGUUCUAUGGACGCUGGUGGGGGAGGUUCUGAAACUUUUUAAAAAUAUGUAACAGCUAAUUUUAAGUAAACUUAUUUGUGAUACUGAUAAAAGUCUAAUUUCUUACUAUGUGUUUUGAAUGUUUCUUUUAAUAAAAAAAAAAACACCAUU